GAAUCAAUUUUUUUUCUUAUUCGUCACUAACUUUAUAGAUCGUUUCACCAUAACCACCGACCAUUAGUAUCCGUUAGACUCCGUUAACUCCGUUAGUUUUUUUAUGAUGUGACAAACAAAAUUGCUGACUGGACCAUUAAUUUAAUGACAUAUCAAUUUUAAAAAAUAAAAUAUUAACACGGCCAUCGGAGUGCCAAGCACCAAUGUGAACUUCCUCUGCCAAAUAUUGCAAACCGCUGAAUCGCCCGCUGCCUCCUCCUGAUCGGUGGCUUUCGACGUUCCAUUUCUUCCCCACGACGACCGCCGAAAUCUUGCGAACCCAUGACCGCCUCCAUUUUCCUUGCCUGAGAUUACUAAGAUGAUUAACCGCUCGCAUAUACUCACGACUGCAGGCAGCGGUAGCCAAGUCCAGCCGCCUGGCCAUUUAAUAGAACGACAGUGGAGUGACAUCUCCUAACUUAUCUUAAAUAGCACAGUGGGUUCUGGGUUGAAGCCAAUUAUGGUGUAAUUCUUCAUUCCCCAACUUUAUCCCCAAUUGCACCCAAUGCUUUAUAGCACUAAAAAUCAAUUCGGGUUUCUCACAAGCAUAUCAGCAAACAAUUCGUCGACAAAUCAAUAUCCAUCAAUUUAUUUUUUCUUUGGUCCUUCUCCCGCUCUCUCUUUAGUCCAUCGGAAGCUGGGAUCCUUCCUCCAUCUCGGGACUCCCCUGUUAUUCACGAUUGCGAAAUGAAAUCCGCCGACGGUGGUUCGAUUUCUCCCGCCGCAGAUUUCACCCCUAGUCUGGGUUCCUCAGCUCUACCACGACGAGUCGCCGGCAGCUUUCACCCCUCGUCUGGGUUCCUCGGCUCUACCACGACGAGCUUGAGCGACGAUAGGAAUUCCUCAGAUUCUAAGGACAGAAGGGCGGUAACAGCGGCGGAGGAGGGCGAUCGUCAUCAACGGCCUACCUAAACGGCUCUGUUUCCGGCGAAGGCAACGAAAGCUCAUCCUCCUCCGCCGGGUUCAGAGACCGUAAGGGAGGCAGAGAAGAGGGGAAGUUUUUUUUAAGGGAGAGGGGACGUUCAUGGUGUUGCAGCCACUCGAUUAUAUGGUAAUUAAAUAUUUUUUUUUUAUUUCUUUAAAUUGACAAUGUCAUUAAAUUAAUGGUCCAGUCAACAAUUUUGUUUGCCACGUCAUCAAAAAACUGACGGAGUUAAUGGAGUUAACUGAUACUAACGGCCGGUGGCUACGGUGAAACGAUUUAUAAAGUUAGUGGCGAAUAAGAAAGAAAGGUGAUUUGA